AUGACCAGGUCAUCAAACUAUGGGCGACUCGCGCUACUCGACGCAAUCCCGCGUAAAGUCAAGACACGGCAGUGCGAAAAGUGGCAAGCCAUGGGGCAGGACUUCAUUACCGACGUCCUAGCCCGCUUCGAAGAAUUUGCUCGAAUCCUGCAAGAGCUCCUCGAGAACGACACAUGCACGUCCGAUGCGCACAAGCGGGUUCGGAAAGCUCUGUCCAAGCAGCUACCGGCCUUCAACUAUGCCCUUGCAGAGGCUAAGAGCCAAUUUCCCGAGUCUGAGGUGCAGCGACCUGCAAAGAAGGCACGCAAGUCCAAAGUCAAAACCGAGGUGGAUUCGUCUUAG